ACUUUUUGGCGUUACAACCCUUAUUGGUAAAUACAGUAAAAAAGUUAUCGAUACUGUCGUAAAAUCUAGUUUUUGCCAAGGCUGUAACUUGUGGUAAGAAAAGAAGAAAUCUGAUCCUCAAGCUUAUCAAGAUUGGUAUGAGGAACAUGAAGAUUCAUGUGCCAUCAAUCAUCGGGGAAGUGCUGGGAAAAUGGAGGUAGAUGCUGUUGUCGAGAUGUUCAACAGAUCGGUCGAGAAGCACGGGGUAAAGUACAUAAAAUAUAUUGGAGAUGGAGACUCCAAGACAUUUAAAGGUAUUCUUGAUAUCAACCCGUAUGAUGAUGAUCCAGUCGUAGAAAAAAAAGAGUGUGUUGGGCAUGUCCAGAAACGUAUGGGUUCCAGGUUGCGUAAAGCAAAAAAAGACAAUAGUGGUAUUGGCGGCAGAGGAGCUGGUAAAUUGACAGAUAAAGUAAUCCAUGAGUUGAGUUUAUACUACGGUCUGGCAAUUCGUCGGCAUCCUGAUUGUUUGCAGAGUAUGAAGAAUGAAAUAUGGGCUACUUAUUAUCAUAAAAGUUCAAGCGAUAAGAAUCCACAACACAUGUACUGCCCAACUGGUUCGUCAAGCUGGUGUAAAUGGCAACAAGCCUCAGCUGAGAACACUCUUGAAGAGUUUGUCCACGAACAUCCCCCCCUGGAUGAAAAAGUACUGAAAGUAAUUGAGCCCAUUUAUACCAGUUUAUCGUCUGACGAUUUACUACAUCGAUGUUUGGGAUCCGAAACUCAAAAUAACAAUGAAUCGCUCAAUUCAUUAAUAUGGACUUUUGCUCCCAAGCAUAUUCACGCUGGAUCUCAAACAAUUCAAAUUGCGAAUUAUUUAGCUGUUGCCAUUUUUAAUGAAGGUUAUUUACCCAUCUUAAAAAUGAUGGAACUUAUGGGCAUCACCGUUGGUACUGAAGCUCAUUCAUUUGCUAUCAGACGUAACGAAGUUCGGAUUGAGCGCUCCGAGCUACGAGCUACUGCUGCUUCCAAAGAAGGCAGAACAGCUCGAUUAGCUGAAAGAACUUCACAAAACAUCGAAUAUGAAGUUGAGGAAGGCCCAAUGUAUGGAUCUGGAAUCGCCGAUUAAUCCAAAAUCACUACAAGGGCUGGAAUCAUGUCAACCAGGGUGCACCGUUUUUUUUGUAGCCCCCACUUCACCGACCUGUAAUUUGUCCAAUUUAUCAUUUUUUUUUUUUUCAAUUUUUUUUUAUAUUCUUGAAACGUUAAUAAACAUCA